GUCUCCCCUCACUCCUCGCUGAGCGCUCGCAGCGAACGCACGCCAAGGAAAACUCUGAAAAAUUUACAAUGGUUGUGAAACUAGAAAAUGUUGCCGCGUUGUACGCCGACGUUUAUCCCGCCAUCUCUAAAACUCGUGGCCGGGAAGAGUGCAUCACAAUGGACUGCCCGAGGCGCCAGAAGAUGCGGGGUGCUUCGUUGCCGGCCCUGGUAGAAGAUGACUCCGAGGUUGAGGCUUACGAGGCUGAACCUAAGUCUUUCAUCCUGCAUGGAGAAGGGCUGAGAAGACAGAAGUCUCUAUCACCGCAGCGCAGAGAGAGAAUGCGACGGCACUUGGCUCUGCCAUCGCUGUCUGAAGAUGAAGAGCCUUGAUCACCUCGCCGAUGUAUUUGGAACGAAGAUUUGAAGCUCUGCACGGCCAGGCCAGGUCAUGACAUGGCUCCAACCCAGGGCCAGGGACUCGCCAUCUGCUCGGAACCAGUGGACUGUGAUUGUGAUUCACCGAUGUGAUUUGGACGCAAAUGUGUCGAACGUUAGUGAUGUUGAACCAAAAGCUGCAAUACCAAAGCAUUUGAUACCAAUUUAGGUGAUAAGAUUAAUUAAGGAAUAAUGUUUAACUGAGAAUAAAUGUGGUUUUAAAACAAA